AUGAUGCGCUUUCUGCAGACAAACCUCAACCACUGCCGAGCAGCCCAAGACCUGCUGUGCCAGUCAAUGGUUGAGAAAAAAACCGACGUCGCCAUAAUCAGCGAGCCUUACGCGAGAUCGAUUCUUGGCAACACACGUUGGAGCCUGGACCGAUCAGGAAGAGCGGCCCUAGGGGUAAUAAACGACACCUUUACGGUUAGUGCAUUUGAACAAGAAGAUGUCUACAUAGCUGCGAAGGUGAACGGGGUAACAGUGUACAGCUGUUAUGCCUCCCCAAACUCGCCGAUUGCAAACUUUCGAGCACUGCUUGAUAAGCUGGAGCAGAGUGUGCGCCUGAAAGAUGGACACAUAAUAAUAGCGGGAGAUUUUAACGCAAGAUCAGCGGCAUGGAUGGACACAACAACAGACGCCAGGGGAGAGGAACUCUCUCACCUCGUCGACACACUUCGCCUGGACGUCGUCAACACAGGCAGCGACCCGACAUUCGUAGGAAGGGGCGCUGGAUCAGUAGUAGACGUCACGUUCGCCUCAGAAACGCUUGCGAGGAGAGUGACGGAGUGGAGGGUCCUCGAAGACGAGAACGCAAGUGACCACCGUUACAUUGAAUUCCAACUUGGGAGCAGCUUACAUCACCCCGAUCAUGGAGAAAGUAACGAUCAGGGCUGGAUUGUCAAAGACAUCGACCCGGACCUGCUAUCGACCGGACUAAUGUUAGCGGAGUGGACGGCGAUCGGCGACACCACAAACAUGGAACCAGAAGCAGCCGCUACGGAGCUCGAGAGAGGAAUCACGUUGGCCUGCGAGUUCGCAUUCAAGGCAAAGCCUCAAGCCCCGCAGAAGAGGAGACCAGUCCCGUGGUGGAAUGACGAGAUCGCGUCAGCCAGAAGCGAAUGCGUCCGUUGCAGAAGAGUGCUAACCCGAGCUCGUCGGCGGGUAAGAGGAGAGGCCGCGGAGGAACACGCGGAAUUUAAAGAGGUGCGGAAAAAGCUGAACAAUCUAAUAAGAAGGAGCAAGGAAAAAUGUUGGGCGGACCUAACUAAGUUGGUGGAGGACGAUCCUUGGGGAAAGCCGUAUAAAAUCGUAAUGAGGAAGCUGCAGGGGCCUCCAGCUCUGAACAGACUGGAACCGAAUACCCUUGCCGGAGUAAUUGACAGACUCUUCCCCCAGCACCUUCUUAUGACCAACGAGAGCCACGCGACAGAGGAAGUUCCUGUGCAGUGUAGUACACUCGGUGCUUCUGUACGGGGCACCAGUGUGGAGCAGGACACUGGAAUACGUUCCCGCGAAUGUACUGGAACUGCAGAGAGUACAGAGGAGAGCCGCGUUAAGAACCGUAUGUGGGUAUCGGACAAUAAGUCACGUGGCGUCCAAUGUACUGGCGAGCCUGCCACCCAUCCAAUAUCUUGCUAG